UCAGAUGUAAACAUUCAUCAUGGCGCCUGCUGUGUUGUGGUUUUCAUUUCUGCUUAAUGUAUUUGUGCACACUGGAGGAUUCACUGAAGUUCAGCCUCUGUCAGAUUCAUGUUAUAAACCGAUGAAGGACCACAGAGCGUCAUUCAUAAAGACAUAUGCCCGUCCUCAUGAAUAUUUAAACGUCUCUGAUCUCCCCGCCUCCUGGGACUGGCGCAACAUUGAGGGGAAAAACUAUGUGAGCAUCACCCGAAACCAACACAUCCCACAAUACUGCGGCUCAUGCUGGGCUAUGGGCUCCACCAGUGCUCUCGCAGACCGCAUUAACAUUAAGAGGAAGGGGGCGUGGCCUUCUGCGUACCUGUCAGUGCAGAACGUGAUUGACUGUGGCAAGGUGGGGUCAUGCUUUGGAGGAGAUCAUCUGGGUGUUUACGCAUAUGCAAAUGAGCACGGCAUUCCUGAUGAGACCUGCAAUAACUAUCAGGCCCGAAAUCAAAAAUGUGACCCGUUUAAUCAGUGUGGGACAUGCUCGUUUUUUGGUUCCUGUUCCAUAAUUAAAAACUACACAGUGUGGAAGGUAGGAGACUACGGGGACAUUUCAGGACGAGACCGAAUGAAGGCGGAGAUCUUUAAAAAUGGGCCAAUCAGCUGUGCAAUAAUGGCCACUAAAGGCCUGGAGGCGUAUGAUGGAGGGGUUUUUGCUGAAUUUCACAUUCUGUCCAUCCCCAAUCACAUCAUCUCAGUGGCAGGAUGGGGCGUCACAGAGGACGGGACCGAAUACUGGAUCGUCAGAAACUCCUGGGGCGAAUUCUGGGGCGAGUCAGGCUGGGCCAGGAUUGUCACUAGUGCCUAUAAAGGAGGAAAAGGAAACUGGUACAAUGUCGCCAUCGAGAACGACUGUGCAUACGGAGAUCCGAUAGUUACAUAGAUCUCUCUCCAAUUGAAAUAUUCUGGAAUUGACGUCAUCAUGUACAAGCUUGUUUAUAUUUAUGAUUACUUACACUUAUUCAGGAUGUAAAUCACCGUUGUCAGAUCAAACAAGGGAGAUGUGUCAUAGGAGAAUCUUUCAGACCUCAGAAAUGUACGUCUGUAAAAAAAAAAAAGACAACAGAAAUGAGUGAUAUGCAUUUUAAAAGGGAUAGUUCACCUAAAAAUCUUAAUUUAUUCAAUAUUUAGCCUAAGUUUCUUUUUGUCAAACACAAAAGAAGAUAUUUUGAAAAAUGUUAGAAAUUGGUAACCAUUUACUUCCUUAGUAGAAAAAAAAAACACUACGGAAGUCAAUGGUUACGCGUUUCCAACAUUUUUCAAGUUAUCUUCUUUUGUGUUAAAAAAAAGCCAAACUGGAUUGUGACAAUUCAUGCAUUUUCCUUCAGCUUAGUCUUUAUUUCAGAGGUCGCCAAAGUGGAAUGAACCGCCAACUAUUCCAGCAUAUGUUUUACGCACACUCUAAAAAACGUUGAGGUACAGUAUUUAUUUAACCCAAUGAUUAAUUCAAAAAUAUUUGGUGCUUGUUUGGGUUAUUUUUAACCUUUAGUGGGUUAUUUAGUUAAUAACUAUUCUAUUAGUUUCACCAGCACUCUUACUGAUAAUUCAAACAUGUGCUUCGUAGCCGAUCUAUGGAUAAAAACACUGUGACUUAUGUAGUGGAAAUAAAGCAUUUUCAAUAUUUUUGAAAACUGCAUGUUAUUUAUUUACACAGCCAUAAUUAUACAAUUAAUAGUAGUAAUAGUAAUAGUAGUAACACCAGAAUGGAAAAAAAACAUCAAAAUAACCCAAUGCAUUGGGUUAAGUUUUAUAAUCCUAUGCAUUGGAAUAAAAUAAUCCAUAGUUGGGAUGUUGCUAUAAUAACCUAUAGUUGGGUUAUAUGUUGGGGUAUUUUUAACCCAACAAUUUUAACUGAGCAGUGGAUUCCCUUCCAGCAUAUGUUUUACACACACUCUAAAAACGUUGAGGUAUACAGUAUUUAACCCAAUGAUUAAGUCAAAAAUAUUUGGUGCUUGGUUGGGUUAUUUUUAACCUUUAUUUGGUUUAGUUAAUCCAGUACAGCAACCCAGUACUGGGAAACACCCAUACACACAUUCGCAUACACAAUCACACAUUACGGCCAAUGUAGUUCCUUCAACUCACCUACAGUGCUAUUGUGACAAUAUUUAGUUUUGGGUGACCUAUCCCAGUUCUGGGAAACACCCAUACACACUUAUUCACCUACACAUACAUUACGGCCAAUUUAGUUUCUUCAAUUCACCUAUAGUGGUAUUGUGACAAUAUUUAGUUUUGGGUGACCUAUCCCUUUACAUCAGGGGUGUCCAAACUCAGUCCUGGAGGGCCAGUGUCCAGGAGAGUUUAGCUCCAACCCUAAUCAAACACACCUGAACCAGUUAAAGGUUUUACUAGAUAUACUAGAAACGUCCUGGCAGGUGUGUUGAAGCAAGUUGGAGCUAAACUCAGCAGGACACCAGCCCUUCAGGACUGAGUUUGGACACCCCUGCUUUAAGUGUUAAAAUGAUUGACUUGUUUUAUUGUAGAUUGUGCCAAAUAACUUAAGAGGUUUAAUAGUGCAAGGAUUGUACAUGUGUCUGGGAGUUGUAAUUUAAUGUUAUAAUACUGCACAUCACAUAUCAGAAGCGUCUCAAUUGUUUUACACAAAAUAUUCAAAACAAAUAUGUAAAUAUGGUCUUUUAGUAGUUUUUAUGAAAUAAAGUGGGGUUUUCUCA